GAAUCAGCGGAGCUGAAAAGGCUGGCAUGGACUUGCGAUGGCCAAGGCAUAUCUCGAAGCGAGCCCCAUCGAAGACUCCAAUAUUUUGAUUGUGGACUAUGCGAGUUCUAUAGGGGGAACCUGGGCUACUGAAAGGCUAUAUCCGGACCUCAAGACCAACAAUAUCGUUGGUUCGUACGAGUUUAGUGACUAUCCCAUGGACUUGCAAAGAUACUGUCUGAAGCCACAUCAGCAUAUUCCAGGGACCGUCGUCCAUCGAUACCUUUCGGACUUUGCCGAGCAUUAUGGGUUGACCCCUCGAAUGCAACUUCGGACAAGGGUCGAAGCUGCAAACUUACAGGAAGACGGCUCAUGGAUCAUUGAAUUUUCGACCAACGGUCCUGAUCGCCGUGAGACAUUAGGACGGCUCGUCGCGUCGAAGCUAGUGCUUGCUACUGGUUUGACCUCCGAGCCGUACAUGCCAGUGUUUUCAGGCCAGGAGAUAUUUAAGGGGCACAUCUUCCAUUCCAAACAAUUUAAGAACCGCAUAGAUCAAAUUUCCUCUUCACAAAAGGUCGUUGUGAUCGGUGGCAACAAGUCAGCUUGGGACGUAUGCUACGCCGCAGCCCGCUUCGGAGCAAAGGUCCACAUAAUCAUGCGCCCAUCGGGUGGCGGACCGAGUCAUGUAUGGCGACCCAUACGUGUGUUGGGGCUUGAAACAUCUCUUUCUCGUCUAUCCUUGACAAGGUUGUUUACGUGGGUUGAUCCAAAUCCAUUUGGAUCAGCUGGGAAAACAGCGCGCUGGCUUCUUCACCAAAAUUCACUCGGCCGCAAAAUCUGCUUGUUAUUCUGGGGCUUUCUGGACCAAUACAUCUGCCGCACCAACGGAUAUGAUGAAGUGGAUAGCCAAGUCAGGAUGAUGAAGCCCUGGACCUCGACUUUCUGGAUGGGUAACUCACUGAGUAUACACAACUACGAGACAGACUGGUUUCAACUUGUCAGAGACGGGCAGAUAACUCCUCAUGUGGCCGAAGUACUGUCUUUGACUGAAACUCUGGUCCAGCUGUCCGAUGGAACGAGUAUCGAAGUGGACGCACUAGUCUGUUGCACAGGUUGGAAGUUUAUUCCAGCCAUCAAGUUCUCGCCUGAAUGGGCAGCUUCGGAAAUAUUCGGUGGAAACUUGGACUCUGAAGUCGCCAAAGAUGUGCGAAGUGAAGUCCUACAGCGCUGUCCUGUCCUAAAGUCUGCGCCCAUACGAAAACUACCACCAGGAACGCCAUCUGGAAAGGACGCCUCCAUGGGGCCAAACGAGGCUCAAUCCUUGCGCUUAUGCAGAUUCAUGGUACCGACGUCGCCAAGGCUCUUUCAGAAACGCAACGUGGCCUUCAUCGGCGCUCACCUGUCAAUACACGCUGUGAUGCUGGCCCAAGUGCAGGCUCUAUGGAUCGUGGCCUUUUUCCAGGAUAAACUGUCUCUUGACGUUGAAGAUCAGAAUAGUUUGGCGUUUGAUACGGCUCUACAUUCAGAGUACGAGAAACUUCGACGUCCAAAGGAAGCGGGAGGUACAGGCAACCGAUUUCCAGAUCUGGUAUUUGAUAGCUUGCCGUAUGUGGACAUGGUGCUGGGCGAUCUGGGGAUGAGAGCCAAACGGAAGGGGUCUUGGUGGAAGGACGUAUUUUCUCCAUACUCACUUGCUGAUUACAAGGGCUUGGUGCAGGAGUGGUUGGCAUUGGUAACUCGAAAAAAUGAUGGAGCAGGUCCAAAUCAAAGUGUGUCGUCCUAAUCCGAUGGGAUACAUCCGGCACUGUGAUUAUUUCUACAGAAAACUGCGGGCGUUUGGAAGAUCUUUACCGCGUCCAUAUUUACAAAGCAGUUCCUCAC